UUCAACACUACUAUAUAACAAAUAAUUUGAGGUAGUGUCAUGUCGUCCUACAACUUCAAACAAAUAACGACCGUGCCCAAUGCAAAGGAGCUGAUUGACAUUAUUCUGUCAAAGACGCAGAGAAAAACCCCAACAAUCAUACACAAGCAUUACCAAAUAUCUCGGAUACGUUCAUUUUACAUGAGGAAAGUUAAGUUCACUGAAUCAAAUCUUAAUGAGAAAUUGACUGGAAUCUUGGGAGAAUUCCCCAAAAUUGAGGAUAUUCAUCCAUUUUAUGCGGAUCUGAUGAACAUAUUGUACGAUAAAGACCAUUACAAGCUAGCACUGGGUCAGAUCAACACAGCUAAACAUCUUAUUGGAAAUGUUGCAAAAGACUACAACAGACUGCUCAAGUUUGGAGACAGCUUGUACCGGUGCAAGCAGCUGAAGCGCGCGGCGCUGGGUCGCAUGAUGACCAUCAUGAAGCGUCAGAACAGUUCUCUUCUGUAUCUGGAACAAGUUAGGCAGCAUCUCGGCAGAUUACCUUCUAUUGACCCCAAUACUCGUACACUUCUGCUCUUCGGGUUCCCAAAUGUAGGAAAGUCCUCUUUUGUAAACCAGAUAACACGCGCUAACGUGGAAGUACAGCCGUACGCGUUCACCACAAAGUCGCUCUACGUGGGACACACUGACUAUCAGUAUUUGAGAUGGCAGGUUAUUGAUACUCCUGGGAUACUUGACAAGCCCCUGGAGGACAGGAAUACUAUUGAGAUGCAGGCCAUCACUGCUCUAGCGCAUCUACGCGCGUGCGUGGUGUGCGUCUUGGACAUCAGCGAGCAAUGUGGAUACUCUCUGAAACAGCAGUGCGAACUGUUCGACAACAUCAAGCCACUCUUCGCUAACAAGCCUAUCAUUGUAGCUCUCAACAAGAUCGAUGCUAGGAAACCUGAGGAUCUCUCUCAAGAGGAAAAGAAUCUACUAGAAGAGACGUUUAAGAAGAACGCAAACGUGUUGGUUAUCCCAAUGUCCACUCUGACUCAGGAGGGAGUGUCUGAAGUACAGAACACAGCCUGUGAUGCUCUUCUUGCUCACAGGAUCGAGCAGAAGAUGGCGGGAAACAAGGUUGAAAACAUCCUGAACAGACUUCACGUAGCCGUCCCCAAAGCUUCCCAAGAAGUUCGAGCACCCCACAUUCCGCAAGGAGUACUGGCCCGCCGUGUUGCCGGAUACGUUAAGCCUGCUGAGAUACGCAAGUUGGAGCGAGACAUGGAACUGGAGUUGGGAGAUGAUUAUAUUCUCGACCUUAAGAAACACUACGAUCUACCUAAUCCUGAUGAUAAGUAUGAUGACAUUCCAGAAGUUUGGGAAGGGCACAACAUCGCUGAUUUUGUCGACCCAGACAUUGUGACAAAACUAGAUGAACUGGAGAAGGAAGAAGCGAUGCUAGAAGAAGCAGGUGUUUAUGAAAGUGAAGAUGAGAAUUUGACGGAGGAACAAAAGGAUAUACGAGAAAAAGCGGGUCUCAUAAGAAAAGAGAAGGCCAUAAUCCGACACAAACAUAGACUUAACAAACACAGUAAUCGAACCCCAAUGAGUGAAAGGGUGGUCAGGAAGAAACAGGGUAUAAAACGUGCCCGAAGUAUAUCCAGAAUGUCCCAAGACGAGUCCAUGGAGGUUGAUACUAAAUUCCAGACGAAGAAAGUAAAGCCUGGUCGGGACGUCAGUGGUCUCCGAGAUGCAAAAAUGGUCAAAGAAGUUCGAAAAAAGAUGAAGAAAUCUCAAAUAAAGAUGAACCAGUUUGGAAAGGCUGGUGAAGCUGAUCGACAUAUUGCUGCCAAGCUACCUAAACAUCUGUUCUCCGGCAAACGAGGCGCUGGAAAAACAGACCGAAGAUAGGACUUGUUUUUUAAUGUUGUUUUAUGGGGCCGUUAUUUAUCACUCUGAAGUUGUAAUCUUUUAAAAAUCAUGCCAUCUGAUUAUCUGAAAUGACGAUAAUUUAUUUUACUUUUUACCUAA